AUGGAUGAUUUCAUUGAAGAGCUCAUACAGACCAAAAUGAAAAUCGCUGAAAGCGAAGAUAAAAGCCUUGCAAAAUCAAAACAGCUGAAAGAAAUAACUGAAAAGCUAACUGCUAACAGCUCCGAAAUCGAAGAAAUUCAAACUGAAAAUGAAUCAUUGCUCCAGACAAUUGCCAAACUAAUUGAGGAAAAAAAUACACUUCGAACUCAAUUCGAAGAAAAGCUUGAAAUUAUAAAGAAAAACUCAACAGAGACCACAGACCCAGAAGAAGAGGAUCUAAGAUCUCUAAAUAUCAACUCAGAAAUAAGAACGGAUGAGGACAAAAUUAAAACAUGGACAAAUAUUCUUGCAAAUUGAGAAAAAGUGAAGAAAAAUAAAAGAAUAAAGCUACUCAGCAAGAAAGGGAUACCGAGCAAGCUAAGAGGAGAAGUCUGGGGAAAAGUGAUCGGAAAUAACCUUUACAUAACUCCACAAUUAUAUGGCAUUUUGCAGUCGAAAUUCGCACAGCAAGAAAGAGACGAAAGCACUUUGAAUAUUCCUGCAGAUAUCAGAAGAAAUUUGAGCUCUUUUCAAAGCGCUCAAAGAGAAAAGCCCUUAUUUCAGACCCUUCAAGAAAUUUUAGAAGCUUUUAUAGCGUAUAGGCCUGAUACUGGGUACGUGCAGGGGAUGGCUUAUCUGGCUUCAAUUUUGGUUAUUUAUCUAGAUGAUUAUAAAUCAUUUGAGUGCCUCGCAAAUAUUAUUUUUAAAUCUGAAAUCUUAAGGACUUUUUAUUCAUUUGAUCUACCAGGGAUGCAAAGCUAUUAUCGAGUUUUUGAGCAUUAUAUGAAGAAAUACGUCCCUACUGUUUAUGAUCAUUUUGAUGAAAUUGGGAUUACCCCUGAUUUGUAUUUAUUAGAAUGAGUUUACACUUUAUUUUCACGUUGCUUUUCAGUAGAAAUUGUUAGGUAAGCUGCUAUUUAGAUAGUCGGGUAUGAGACUCUUAUUUAUUUGAAGGGGAUGCUUAUAUUUUUAAAGUGGGGAUAGGAAUCUUGAUAUCUUUAGAAAAAGAGCUGCAGGGAGAUAUGAAUGGGAUAAUUAGCAUAAUUCUUAACACUGCUGGCUAUUUUGACGAUGCUUCGAAACUAUUCCGCUAUGUUGAUAGGCUGAAUAUUUCGCUUUUCAUAAAUAAAAUUCAUGAGGGAGAGAAAAUUAGCAGAGCUAAUUUCUCUCCCUCAUGAAAUUUUAUUUAUGGGGUUGGGUUUUCUCUCGAGAACUUCUGCACAGCAAUAGCUGUUUAACUUUGGGGAUAGCCAAAAGAACAGCUCCUCAGUGCACUCAAGAUUUCGGAGUUUUACCCCACAGCACAUCCCCAAGGGAGGAUGACCCUUAGGCGGAACACGCGCAGGAGCUGAGUCAGGGCAGAGCGACGGCAACGCGCCGGGUGAGAUGUGCGGCGGCUGGGGACGAAGCGUCGAUAGAAGGCUUGGCCGGUUGGGCUGACCACAUAUUCCAAGAUGGCUCCGUGACGUCACUAGUUAGCUAAAAGCUCCUUUUGGGGCUGCAGCACUAGACACCUUAAACACCGAAUAAUUAAGUUAAGUUAAGAUAGGCUGAAUAUUUCGCUUUUCAAAAUCAAUAAGCUUAGAGACACUUUGAGAGUUUCCCGACUAUCAAUUCAAUAG